GGCAUGUAAGUAGAGCAAUGCGCGAACGAGUUACUUCAAUCAGUUCCUCACUCGCUUUUUUAAAAGAGUUCUUUUUUCUAACACAUACUCCAUUGGCAAUUCGCUUUCUUUAUGAACCCUUGUCGGCGAAUCUUGCUUUUGACACACGCGGUGUACUAUGGAACCUUUGCAGUUAGUAGUAGCGGCGGCGGACGGAUAUACGUGACGACUACAGGGCCUGAAAGAAAUUUUGGUUCACCUUGCGAGUGGAAGAGCGAAAGCAUGACGUUAGGUUCGGGGCACGGGUCGGCAACACGUAGAGACUAUGCAGUGGAGCGCGGCCACAACUAAACGCGAUGACUGUCAGGGUCAUGCCGCCGUAGCAAGCAGCCAUACGGGAUUGG